AUAUACAAUGUGGACGAAAUCCGUCCUAAUCUUAGUGUUUAUUGGCUCCUGUUUCUCUUAUCCAAGUCCAACCAAGAGAUACGACGGCCAUAGUGUCCUUCAGAUAUUGCCCAAAACAAUUGGAGAUGUUCACGAGUUGAUGUCACUGGCUCAGAAAUACCACUUGGACAUCUGGAAAUCUCCAAGGUUCCUGAACGAGACGUUUGACGUCCGCGUGAACCCUGAACAAAUAGCGAACUUUGUUCAUGACGUUGAAUCCCUUGGUCUCAAAGCAAAACAAUGGAUCAUUGAUCUCCAAAAAUUGAUAGACAAUACAGAACCAACUCGUUCCCGUAGAGCAACCUCGUUCAGUACUGGCGCUUUCAAUGACCAUGCUUCGAUAAAUUCUUACCUUGAUUCUUUGGCCUCUAAUUCUCGUGUGACUGUACAUUCCAUGGGGCAUACAUAUGAAGGGAGAACAAUUAAAUACAUAAAGAUAAGCAAUAAUGUUGGAUCCAGCAAAAAGGCUAUAUAUGUAGACGGCGGUAUACACGCACGGGAAUGGCUGGCCGUCUCCACAGUCCUCUACAUGAUUGACCAGAUGGCACACAAUCCAACACACGAUAGAACCAUCGAGACUUUGCUAGGAACGUUUGAUUUCUACUUCGCCCCUGUGGUGAACCCCGACGGCUACGAGUACAGUCGAACACAAGACAGAAUGUGGAGAAAGAACAGAAGACCUGUUAUCCAUGGAUGUAAUGGUGUGGAUCUCAACAGAAACUUUGCUUACCACUGGAAUCCAGACAAUGGAGGGAGUCACAACCCCUGUGAAGAAGUCCACUCAGGUACCCAUGCUUCCUCAGAAAUAGAAACGAGGAAUAUCCAGAAUUUCCUCUGCGGGCAUGGCAAUCUCCUCGCUUACCUUAACGUACAUACAUAUGGACAAUACUGGAUCUACCCGUGGGGAUACACCCCUGUCUUACCGGCCGAUUACCGGGAUCUGGAUCACCUUGGGCGAACAGCAGCAACAGCUAUUCGUCAUACUCAUGGAAAAUCUUUCACCGUAGGCGAGGAUACCCGAGUCUUAUAUGCUGCGGCUGGUGGAGCAGACGACUAUGCCAAGGGCGCAUGUGGCGUCAAGUACUCUUAUACCGUGGAGCUCCGGGAUACAGGUCUCCACGGUUUUGUGGCACCAACUUCCUACAUCAUCCCAGCCGGAGAAGAAACAUUCGCCGGAUUUAAAGCUUUUGCAACAGAACUUAUUCGUUACGAGCAUUUGUAAUACAUUAAACGAACAUGUUUUAUAGUG